GUGACUGCUAGCAAGCGUCUGAAGUGCGAGAGCAGUUUAUAUCUGGAUGUCAACUUCAUAUCCAACUCCGAAGCAUCGCUAGUGUGACACUGACGGCAAAUUAAAAAGAAACGUGUCUGCUGCGAAGCGUCAAUUUAAGCACAGUUUCCGAUAGGUGUGGCGUUUAAGCAAGGUAGUAGUAACAAGACCCUGGAUGGAUUGCCUGGACCCUGAACCCCUCUGUGUUUCUCCAGAGCACACUGGACAGACGCCACCCCUUACUUCUCCCUCAGAGAACUACAGUUUGGUAAUAGGGGGAAAAGGAGAGCAACAGAGUCCUACCGUCAUGGCUUCUUUUAAACUGGAUUUCCUGCCUGAAAUGAUGGUGGACCAUUGUUCGUUGAAUUCUAGUCCUGUUGGAAAGAAGAUGAAUGGGUCGCUGGACCACCCGGACCAACCAGAUGUGGAUGCAAUCAAAAUGUUUGUGGGCCAGAUCCCUCGGUCUUGGUCCGAAGACCAGCUUCGUGAACUCUUCGAACCCUUUGGAGCCGUCUAUGAGAUUAAUGUCCUAAGAGACCGCAGUCAGAACCCUCCACAGAGCAAAGGCUGCUGCUUUAUCACCUAUUACACACGUAAAUCAGCACUAGAGGCACAGAAUGCCUUGCACAACAUGAAGAUUCUGCCCGGGAUGCACCACCCAAUCCAGAUGAAGCCAGCCGACAGUGAGAAAAACAACGCAGUGGAAGACAGGAAGCUGUUUAUUGGAAUGAUCUCCAAGAAGUGCAAUGAGAACGACAUACGAUUGAUGUUCUCUCCAUACGGACAGAUAGAGGAGUGUCGGAUCCUGAGAGGGCCGGAUGGACUCAGCCGAGGUUGUGCCUUUGUAACAUUUACUGCCAGACAGAUGGCACAGUCUGCAAUCAAGUCCAUGCACCAGUCGCAAACAAUGGAGGGCUGCUCAUCACCCAUUGUGGUCAAGUUUGCGGACACUCAGAAGGACAAGGAGCAGAAAAGAAUGGCUCUUCAGCUCCAGCAGCAGAUGCAACAGCUCAGUGCCGCAUCCAUGUGGGGAAACCUGACCGGACUGAGCAGCCUAGGGCCACAAUAUUUAGCACUUUAUUUACAGUUGCUGCAACAGUCAGCCUCCACAGGAAAUGCACUCAAUAACCUCCACCCGGUUUCAGGUCUUAAUGCCAUGCAGAACCUGGCUGCCAUAGCAGCGGCCACUGCCACACAGGCCACACCCUCAGGCACCAACGCCAUGACAACGUCGAGCAGUCCUCUCAGUGCUCUGACAAGUUCAGGUUCCUCCCCCACCUCCAGCAACACAUCCUCUGUGAACCCCAUUGCUUCUCUGGGAACCCUCCAGUCUCUGGCUGCUGGUACUGGAGGUGGUCUCAACAUGGGAUCUCUGGCAGGGAUGGCAGCAUUAAACGGGAGCCUGGGCUCCGGCAGUUUGUCGAGCAGCUCAGGGAACACCAUGGAGGCGCUGAGCCAGGCUUACUCAGGCAUCCAGCAGUACGCAGCCGCUGCCCUCCCGAGUCUCUACAGCCAGAACCUGCUGUCUCAGCAGAGCGUCUCUGCGGCCGGCAGCCAGAAAGAAGCCAGCAACACUUGCACUGCCGGUCCUGAAGGCGCCAAUCUCUUCAUCUACCACCUCCCUCAGGAAUUUGGAGACCAGGACUUGCUCCAGAUGUUCAUGCCCUUUGGAAACGUCAUCUCUGCUAAGGUUUUCAUUGACAAGCAGACCAACCUCAGCAAGUGUUUUGGCUUUGUGAGCUACGACAACCCCGUGUCCUCUCAGGCAGCCAUCCAGUCCAUGAACGGCUUCCAGAUCGGCAUGAAGCGGCUGAAGGUGCAGCUGAAACGCUCCAAGAACGACAGCAAGCCGUACUGAGCUGAGCUGAGCUGGGAGGGUGGGACUCUGCUGGUAAGCACUGAGGAGCAGGACGGAUCCUCCCUGUCUUCUUCUCCGGUGAACGAUGCACUUAUUUCCCCUCCUCACCUCAGGAGAGAAACGCGUGUAUUUUCCUUGAAGUUGAGAUGUUUGCUGUGGUACUUUAUUCACCAUUAAGUUGUGUGUUAGAUUGUGUUACACACCGGCACUUAGGUGCCUGAAUAUCUUUGUUUUUUUUCUGUUUUUUUCCCCCCUCUCAGCUCACUUUAUUUCUUCAUCCCACACUGAACACCACUGUUAGUUUCCAUCCCCCCAGAAGCCGCUGGUGUUUUGUGUGCGCUCGAUGUCACACGGCCCGAGGAUGAGUUGCCUCCUGACACACACACUUGUUUGUCACAAACACACUCUUUCACUUGUGUAUUACGUGGUGUCCAUCACAGUGUUUACAUUCAAUGCUUAUAUCAUGUACAGAAGGUUGGAGGGGAGGGUGAAUGGAGCCGACUGUAUUUCAUCUCUGUCGAGCUUUCGUCUUAACGGCACAUAUCUUCUGUGUCCGGAGGCUUUGGGUCAUGAUCAGAUCCAGCUGCGCCGUCAACCUUUAGCUGAGAAACAUGAGUCACCACCAACCAAUCCUGAGGUGGACUGAAUCCCUGGCACCGCCAAACACGCCGAUGCUCUGGCGCCGCGGGAAUAAUGGGAGGAACCUGCGAUACUGUGAAGUUUGGUGCCAAAAUCCAAACCCUUUUUUCUUUUUUUCUUCCUCACUCAAGUGUGUCUCACGCGGAUGUUAGCGUCUGUUUCCGCUUCCACUCUCGAUUCAGGUCUUCGGCACUAAAUCAUGCUCCCCUCCGCUGAUGUGCGGUUAGCAGCCUGCUGGCCGUCACUAGAGGGCGCUGUCACCGUGUCCGCCACUGGAUUUCCUCUGUGAUCAGAGAGUCAUGUCCAAUCGCUUCAGAGAAACCUGUGAGUUGCUUCAAGGAAAUAUAUUUUUUUUAUAUGAAACUCAGAUGUAUUUUCAAAACUAUUAUGCCUUUUGUAUUUUUAUAUAGGUUUUAUACUUCUCCUGUGUGAUGGGGAACUAUUUAUUGCCUAAAUUAUUUAUGAGAUUAUUUUGAACCACAGAUGUCUCCGAAAGUGAAUCUCCUGGUGUGUGUGUGUGUUGUGUUGCUGUGUGCGUAGCUCCAUCUCUUGCUUUGUUAAAGCAUGUUUGUGUAUUAAUAAAUCUAUAUUUUGCCCUCUAAAGUCCAGGGAUGACAGUUUAUUUUUGACUUCAAAAGUGCACAUUUGUCUCGCACUGUGGAAUUUAUUGGUGUAAAAAGGCACAUGUUUUUACACUGAAUACACAGUUUGUAGUUUUUCUUUUCAAUACUCAUGAAGAACACAUUUGUUUGUCAUUAUUUUUUUGUGUUUUUUUUUUUUUUUUUUAAACGUCAACUUUGAAGCACAGACCAUUUGUCUGUUCAACCUCUAAUGCUGCAAAAUUCCCAGCUCACUUUUGCUGUGCUGAUCAUGCUCAAGUAGCCAGGAAAAGUUGUUAUCACACAGUUCAUUAUGACCACGGGGAGCCAAGGGCCCAUCAACAUUGGUCCUCUCAACGGAGUCAUGAGCAUGUGGAGUGUGGCUUUAGUGUUAUUUUUCAUUUACGUCUCUAUCUUAUUCACUUUUUAACUCUGGGGUCAGUGGCUUUUAAAUCGAUGCUGGUGACAUGAUUCUUCACCUGUCAGGCCAAAUGUUUGGAUUAGGAAGUGUCGUCCACGGUCAGGCCAGCUGUUCUGAUGAGAAGUCCAGCGUGUGUUGUUGCUCACCUCUCUGGUGAAACAGUGACUAAAUGUCAUCACUUCCAAUGUCACGCGUUCUACUGUCGAUGGGAUCUGGACCAUAAGCAGCGCUUCAUUAAAAAAAAAGUUUUCCCUCAGAAAAUGAUGCAUAUUUAAAAAGACAAAAGAGAUAAAAAUGUGAACCAAUUUAAGCCUCAGAUUCCCUCUGAAGCUUCUGUAAGGGCUGCGGAGAGGAGUUGUCCGGCUGGUCUAGUGGGAGUCCUGUGGAAGGGUCUGGUCUGAGGUUUCACACUGGCAUUAAUGACUUGAAUCUAAAACUGGCCCACGCUCACCAUGUGGGACUCAAGUUCAACAUAAUGUAAGAGGGAAAAGUUGGGAACAGUUGACGUCUUUUUCUCUAAACUGAAAUGACAUGCGAACAUGACAGCAGCCAUAUUAAAAUUGUAUAUUGAAAUGAUCAAAUGGGUUCAGUUGGUCUGAGGAGGGUUAAAUACAACCUCCAACAACAAGUCAAAGACACCAUGAAAUACUCAUCGCCAACAUAAUGACCUGCAGCGACUGUGAGUGAAGGCUUGCUCUUACCAUCUUAUCCAAGUUUAUUUGAUGGUAGCUUUCAUUGAAACAGGAUAGUUUAAAGCCAAAUCUCAUCGAGCAGAGAGCGCCAUCGUGUGGGCUGUGAAAAUGAGCAGCAGUUUUGAGAAGUCCCAUUUGCCAGUUGAAUGUGGUCCCUCCCUUCGUCAUGUGACCUACUCGUGUGCCUUCGUCCACCUCACAGCGUCUUGGCUCCAAGUGUGAUCAUUCUGCGACCCCUUCUCCUCUGUCCCUGUUUGAGCUCAGCUUCUGUUGUGCUUCUUCUGCAUUUGUUGUUUCUGCUUGCCCUGUUGUUGUGGCAUCCCACCUCAUGGCCUUGUCUUCUGCGGUUCAUCUUCACCAGGAGGUUUCCUCUGCUUGUUUCUCAUGGCUCCAGAAGAGCGGUGACAGACCCGGUCACGUUCUGUUUGAUGGAGCUGCCUUCACUUGCUCCAGAGUCUGAUUUAGAUCUUGCCUUAAUGUAUGUGUUGUGUUGCAGCCUUCCAAUUCCCUGUUGUUUGGAUUUGUGUGAAUGCAGCUGAUUUCUGUUGAAUUCAUACAUGUGGGUGCCAGUCUCCCUCCAUCUUUGAAGCGUGAAGGUGAAUGGAAAUGUUCGACUGAUCUUAAAACCAAAUGGUAAAGAUAAUAAAGUGGUGCCAAACGCCCUCUUGCUCUGUGGGCGGAGGUUAAACUGUCUGGGCUCUCUCUUCUUUGGAUCAGACUUGGAAGAUGUUUUGACACUGUGGAGGAUGUGAAACGCGUUCAUGAUGGUACAGCGUUGUCAUAAUGCUAUAAGUGAUUGAAAACAAUUGUGAACUGGUUUGUGUUUUGUUGAGAUAAAUAAACUGUUUCCACAUUUUCUCAGUGUGUUGCUCUUUGU